AUGGCUUCAGAAUCAGCACUGUCGGAAGAUGACUUCUGCUGUCCUGUGUGCUGUGACAUCUUCAGGGAUCCUGUUGUCCUGUCAUGUAGCCACAGUGUGUGUAAAGUCUGUCUGCAGAAGUUCUGGAAUAAAAAGGAUUCCAAGGAGUGUCCAGUUUGCCGUAGAAAAUCUUCAAAAGGUCAGCCUCCUAAUAACCUGGCUCUAAAGAACCUGUGUGAGACUUUCUUACAGGAGAGAAGUCAGAGAUCUUCAUCAGGGUGUGAGGAGUUCUGCAGUCUGCACAGUGAGAAACUCAAACUCUUCUGUCUGGAGGAUAAACAGCCGGUGUGUUUGGUGUGUCGAGAUUCAGAAAAACACAAACAACACAAAUUCUAUCCGAUAGAUGAAGCUGCACAGAAAUAUAGGGAGGAAACAAAAACUGCACUGAAACCCUUACAGGAAAAACUCAAGAUCUUUGAAAACAUCAAAUUAACCUGUGAUAAAACAGCAGAACACAUCAAGAACCAGGCCCAGAACACAGAGAAACAGAUUAGGGAAGAAUUUGAGAAACUUCAUCAGUUUCUACGAGAUGAAGAGACAGCCAGGAUAGCUGCACUGAGAGAGGAAGAGGAACAGAAGAGUCAGAUGAUGAAGGAGAAGAUUGAAGAGAUGAGUAGAGAGAUAUCAUCUCUCUCAGACAAGAUUAGAGUCAUAGAGGUGGCAUUAGGUACCAAAGACAUCUCGUUCCUGAAGGGCUUACAAACCACACUGAAAAGAGCUCAGUGCACACUGCAGAAUCCAGAGGUGAUUUCAGGAGCACUGAUCAAUGUGGCAAAGCACCUGGGCAACCUGAAGUUCAGAGUUUGGGAGAAGAUGCAGAAGAAUGUUCAGUACACUCCUGUGAUUCUGGAUCCCAACACUGCUGAACCAUGGCUCAUCCUGUCUGAGGAUUUGACCAGUGUGAGAUACAGUGAUGAAUAUCAUGAGAUUCCUGAUAAUCCAGAGAGAUUUAAUAAAUAUACAUGUGUGCUGGGCUCUGAGGGCUUUAAUUCAGGGACACACUGCUGGGAUGUUGAUGUUGGGGAGAGUACAAACUGGAUUCUAGGUGUGACCACAGAGUCAAACCAGAGGAAGGGUGAUUCGUUCUUUAACAGGGGUGUCUGGCGUGUCCGGAAUGUAAAUGGGAGAUACUGGUCACAGGCAUCGGUGGGUUCAUCUACUCCACUGACAGUGAACAAUAAACUCCAGAGGAUCAGAGUGGAACUGGACUGGAACAGAGGAAAACUCUCAUUUUCUGAUCCCCUAUAUAACACACACCUACACACCUUCACACACACUUUUACUGAGAGAAUGUUUCCAUUCUUCUAUAGUCACUGUAAACUCUCUCCUCUGAGGAUCUUACCAGUGAAGCAUUGUGUAUCAGUGAAACAGCUCAGUUAG